AUGAUUGUCAACAAGUUCAUUAAAGAUCAGGUGCUUAAGGCGCCUGUUCAGGCGCUGCCACAGGGUGGCCCCCCAGUAAAGCCCAGAGCAGCCCGUGGCACCAGAUGCAGAGAAGCCCUCCCCUCACAAGGAACUGACAGUCUGACUUUUGCAUUUCAGCUGCUCCAGGAUGAGCAAUUAUACAUCCUCGGGGUCAUCCAGAGUUGCCAGGCAGCUGAGCUCAGGGGGCUGCGAACCCUGAAGUGCUCCAAGCAGGAGACGGCCAAAGCCAUUCUGGACAUCUUGGGGCCCUUGGAGCACUUCAGGGAUCGCCCCCUGACCCUGGCCCUUGCCUUGGAGGCCCUCCUCCAGCUAAGUACCAUGAGGCCCAAAUUCAGCUGCGAUAUGAUCAGUGCGAUCCUCCAUAGGACCAUGGAGGCAGUUCUUCAGGGCCCAGAAAAGGAGGAGGAAAGAGAGGAGCUGAAGCGCCACUUCCGUCUCCUCCUUGGAAGUCUCCUUAUGGAAGCCCCCAAUCCGGGCACCCUCCUGCAACUUUUAAGUAUGACGGUAGUUCGGCCGGACCUGGCCUGCUUCCGCCUGAAGCUGGAAGAAGGGAGUGACCACGUCGCAGUCAGUGCUGUGGUCGCUCUGUGUGGCAUUAACACAGUUCAGUGCAAUCGCCUGGUGACAAUCCAGUCCCGCUGGUGCCAGUGA